AUUAAUUCGGCUGACUUCACCUUCGCCAAUCGUGCAACGGCGGCCCCUGUGGCUUCCUUUGGCGUGUCCGUGGCGUGGUCAUGGGCCGUGGUCCCCGCGAUGUAUGCGGUAGAGUGUAAGAGGAUAUGCAUGUCAUCAAACGCGCCGCAAGGGCUUGUCGUCGUUUGACCCAUCACCCGCUCAUGGGCGCCGCCCCAACCAUCACUUGAGGCAGACGAUGCUACAUCUCCCUAACCACAACAUUCCUUUCCUGUUCUCCUUCUGCUGCUGGCUCACCUUGGGACGACCCUCAUCGUCUCAAAGCCGUGAUCCGGUCUCUCCUCCAGCGCGGAAGUGGAGUCGAGGGCAGCAGGAGAGAGGCUACUGCGCACACAAGCGCAACGUAUUGGCGACAAAUCCUGUCUCGGUGUCGGACUCAUUCGCCUGUUUAGAAGGGACGAUGCGCGUGGAGAGAGAAAAAAAAGAAUGCAAGCUUGGGACGAAGUGACUGCCUCAUCGCCCACAUCCCUAUCGAUGCUGAACACACGACACGACAUACACUACGUACACACCUGGCCGCCGCACUCUACGCAAAAAGUCGACUUCCGCUUCUUCGUCUGUGCCCGCCGUGUUUCGCGACGCGAGCGCAGUCCUGCGGCCGCGGCCGCCUCGCCCUAUAAACCCGCAUACUGGAUGCUCCAUCUGAAAAUGGUAUUCCACGGGCUCUGAUCUUCGCGUGGAUUGCGUGUGGUCACCUAGUAAGGCAUGGUGGAUUGCUGUGUGCUCUGUUACAUCGCGUUUCUACUUGUCGAAGCGUCAUUGAAGUGCCUGACACAGGUUUCCGUGGGCCACGGCCUCUGCUCCAACAAGUCUGCUCCAACACCCACACCAAUCGCGGCGGUAUUUCCGGUCAGCAGUAGUGUACACAAAAGACACAGUGAGGGCGCCCGGAUCCAGGAGAGCCCACACGACAUAGUUUCUUUCUGGCAAGCACUAUCGUGCUCGACAGUCCAGUCGUCUUUCCAAGUACGAGUCAAUUGGGCAGUUCGCAGCAGUUCACAAACCAACAGCAACGUUGUUGACGGCGGCGGGCCGGGACUGAUGAAAAGUCAAAAUAAUAAGAUUCUGCGUUGGAAACAAUGUUUCACUCGGAUUCUUCAUCUUCAUCGCGAAGUCGAGAGUCAGUAAUCGC